AUGAUUAUGUCCAUAAAAUUUUCUCCUAUAUUUUUUUUGCUAUUUAUUAACAUCAAUUAUGUAUUCUUAUAUGAUGCUAACAGAAAUAAAGGUGAUAUAAAAAUCAUAUAUAUUUCACAAUGGAAUAUUAAAAUAAUUAAAGACUUAUUUCGUUAUAAUGAUGCUGAUCAUAUGGAUAUAUCUAACAAAAUGAUACAUAUACCUUUUCAUAAUAUGGAACGUAGAAAUAUAAGAAGAUAUGGCUGUCGUUUUAAGUUUUGUAGAAUUAUUGAAUCUGUAUAA